AUGGAAGCCAGCCUGACGUGUGCUGUGUGCCUGGGCGUCUUCCGGGAUCCGGUGACUCUGCCGCUGUGCUCUCAUAACUUCUGUAAGAGCUGUGUGCUGGAAUGUGGAGGGGAGCUUCACAGCCGGAGCAUGCACUUCACCGUCCCGGGGCCCGCGCAGGUCACGUGUCCGCUCUGCCGCAAAGUCAGCUCCAUCCCCGGCGGCCUGGCCGCUCUGCCCGUCAAUACGACCCUGGCGGAGCUAGUGCGGCUGCUGUCUCUGGGCGCCCGGGAGCAGGGGGCGGCGGUGGGCACUGAAGAAGCCGAAUAUAGUGAGAGGGAAGCGGCGGGGCGCUGCCCGGAGCAUCCGGAACACAAGCUGGAGCUUUUCUGUAAGAACUGUGCCGUCUCCUGCUGUGGGAAGUGUGUGUCCUGCCACCACCAGGGGAUCUUCCACAACGUCAACCUCCUGGACAUGGUCUACCAGGAGGAGAAGCUGAUUUUUUUUAACAGCCUAAAAAAACUUAGAGAAAUGCAUGAAAGAUUUACCAAGAACACGUCGGAUGAUGAAAAGGAUGUAAAGGAUACACUAAGGAAGAACAUAGACAUGGUUAAUUUAGCAUUUGAUGAUGAAACAUAUAAGGCUCUGGAUUUAAAGAAAAAACAGUGUUUGGAGUUUAUCAAACAGCAACAAACUACUGCUAUAAAACGGCAUGAAGUACGUAAGACAGCAAUGGCUCAUCAAAAAAUCACAGUUGAAAGCCUUUUGAAGGAUUGUGAAAGCCUUGUGGAUGAAUUUGAACCAAAAAGCUUUCUUCAGAUGGCUUGCAGUCUAAAUAAAAGAAUGACCUCUAACCUUGACCUGAUGGAACUUACAGCCUCUCAUGAUCAAGAUGUAGUAAACCCAGAGCUCAUUCAUAUGGAUCUCAAGACAGUUCUGGAUGCUAUUGCUGCAGUGAAUAUUACAGCAUGCACUUCUAAUGUUUCUCAGCCUAAAUUUAAUGGAAUUUCAUUUAAAACCUUACCUAAAAUAUGGAAACAUGAACAAACACCUGCUGAGAAAUAUUCUCCUGUCCAAAGUCAAGAGCUCUGUUAUCUUCAAGGUCAGAUACAAAAAUUGGCCAUUCGCUUGUUAUCUAUAACAGAGAUGCCAGAGUAUAAACACUUGAGCUUUGAGGAACUUCGAAAUAAAUAUUACGAGGACUCGGUCAAACAGGAAAAUGGAGUUUCUUUGCCUGAAGGAAAAGUGCAGGCUUUGUCUAAUGUUGAAGACAGUCCUAAACUUGAGAACGGCCGAAGCAGAUAGAUUAAGUGCUAAAAUUAGAAGAUCAGAUUUUUCUGUGGCCUGUUCCAGCAUUACAAAUACACAAGAAACCAUUGCCAAGACUGAAUCAAAAAUGGAGAUUGCACAGGAGCCUCAAAAGGAAGCUUUAUUUAAGUUCCCGACCUGUGCCGCAGUUAGGGCCAAAGAACCUGUGCGCUUUUCCUUUAAAGGAGUAGCCAAUGACCUGACCCUUGGUAAUAAGGCUCAGAAAGAGACUGAAGUUCUGAAAGAAACAAAUAUAACCAAGGUUGUUCCAAGCUUUUGUUUGGGUAAGUCGGAUACCACAGAUUUAACAAAGCCUAGCAAAAAUGGAAAGUCGUGGAAAAAACCAAAGACUGCAUCAUUUUUACAGACCACAGCAAAUGCUGAAUCAUCUAUAAGCAAGCCAUUUUUCAUUUUUAGCAAUAAAAUGGACCCCACUGAAACCAAAGUUACAUGUCCGUUUUACAAUCCAUUCAGCCAGCUGGAGUGUAAAGCACAAGGAAAUAAAGAUAAGUCAUCCCCGGAGGACCAUGCUGCACAAUCUAGCAGUUGCGAAGAAUUUUAUGAUGCUAACUCAGAUGCAGACGAGACCGAACAAGCCAGGCCAUCUAACAGUACAGACCAGGAACAGCAGAAUCCAGGCGACCAGAGUUUGCAGAAGAAAGACAGUAAG